UGUCAAAGACAUAACCUGUUGUUGGGUAAUGUUUUCUGUUGUCCAUGCAUGAUCCAUGCCAAAAUUAAGAUGAAACAUGGCAUGUAUGUAAUAAGAAAUAAAACUGGGAGUAUUCAUUAAUUGCCGAUUGAAUGAAACUCAUUAAGACAAUGAGUUCCGAAGAACGUGAAAGCUUGUCAGUACCAGAAGAUGUAGAUUUUCGUAUUACAGCAACACAACAAGCUUUGGCAUCGUGCACUGGUGCCGUAUUAACUUCGCUAUUAGUUACUCCUUUAGAUGUAGUGAAAAUAAGACUUCAAGCACAACAGAAGAACACACCAAAAUGUUAUUUAUACUGUAAUGGAUUAAUGGAUCAUUUUUGUGGGUGUAAACCUCAAGAUUUACAAAGACAAUGGUAUGCAAGACCAGGUCAUUUUUCAGGAACUAUGGAUGCAUUUUAUAAAAUCACAAAAACAGAGGGAAUAUCAUCCUUAUGGAGUGGUUUAAGUCCUACACUUGUGUUGGCUAUCCCAGCUACAAUAAUUUACUUUGUGGCUUAUGAGCAAAUGAGGUUGAAGUUAAAGCAUCGGUACAAUAUUGCAAAUCCAGGAACUUCAGGACAACCCUUUUGGAUACCCAUGUUUUCUGGUGGCACAGCAAGAAUUUUUUCAGUUACUAUAGUAAGCCCCCUAGAAUUAAUAAGGACCAAGAUGCAAUCUCAAAAAUUAAGUUAUUAUGAAAUCAGACGAGCUCUAAAGAUGUUGAUUAAGCAGGAUGGAAUAGGUGCUUUAUGGAUGGGCGUUAUUCCCACCUUAUGUAGAGAUGUUCCUUUCUCUGCAAUAUAUUGGACUAAUUAUGAAACAUUCAAAAAGCUAUUUUGGACUUCUAAUCAACCAUCUUUUUCAAAAAGCUUCAUUUCAGGAGGACUAGCUGGAAUGGUAGCUGCCACUAUCACAACACCAUUUGACGUAAUCAAAACACAUCAGCAGAUUCAAUUAGGGGAAAAAACUUUAUAUGGGGGAAAAUCUAAAACUAUGGUAGGUUCUUUCUACGAUACUUUCUGGGAAAUACGAAAAUCGCAUGGAGUUAGGGGUCUGUUUGCAGGACUUUUUCCUCGUGUGAUAAAGGUGGCUCCCUCUUGUGCUAUCAUGAUAUCAUCGUUUGAAUAUGGAAAAAUAUUUUUCAACAGGUUAGCGAGGAAAAACCAUGUAGCCAAUAUUAGUACCAAAAAAGACUUAAUGAAUUAAAAAUUAUGACCUACUUAUUUUUCAAUGUUAAAAUUUGAUAUAAUUGUAAAUAUUCAUGAUUGUUAAGUUUUAUUCAUGAUUGUUUUGUUUUCUAAAAUUUACCAAAUAUAGGAAAGUUUCAAUCCUAUGAUUGAAAAUUAAAUAAUUAUAAUAAUAUUGUUUUAGAAGGUGACACCCAGUAUUGAAAUUCCGGAGUUGAUUCUUACAAAAUGUACUAUUGGAGGAGGGGAAAGUAUUAAACUGUUAAAUUCAUAAGUAUAAUUGAAGAUGUAAAAUAUUCAUACAAUUUUUUUACUUUCAAUCUUAUAUAAUUUUAUCUUUAAGUUCUUCAAAAAUAAACAAGAAGAUCAAUUAUAA